GAUACUCGACCCAUUUGCUAUUUUGUCCGGCACCUGGAGAUGAUGUUUUGAACGAUGAUAAAAAGUUCUUUAGUGUCGAGUUGGCAGCUACGGUUUCAGAUAAAUUGAAUUGUCACGUGAAAUAGGACAUCAAGAAUUUCGAAAUAAUAAUCAUGAUGUGAUGCUGGCUAACAAGUAUGAAAUGAGUGAAGAAUGGGUUGUUGUUGCAGUAGUUCAUCAAGGGUUGGGUCGGUAAAACAAAAUGCAAGGUCCUUUCCAGACUCAUCUGAUGGUUUUGAAGGUCCAGUGAGAAAUAGAGAAUGUACAGAUUCAUUUUUCCUGUUUAUCUUCGCAGUAUACAUAAUUUUCCUGAUAUCUGGUCAUUAAUGAGAAAUGUGUCAAAGAAGAUUGUAGAAUGGAGAAAAUUUGUCAAGACAAAUGUCCGGACGGAUAUGAGAACACAACCUUCCACCGUUGUUUACCAACUAAAGUGAAACAAACGACAUCGAAGCUGUUACAGUCUACUUUGCCAUUUCUUGAAGAAAUGGGUUCGGACAUCAGCCUCUGCUGGAAAGAAAUAAUACUUUUAUGCCUCAUUAGUAUUGGGCUUUCUGUGUUGUUAUUGAUCGUUCUCCGAUUCUGUGCCUCCAUCAUCAUCUGGGCUGUUCUAAUAAUUGUCACGAUUGGUUCAUUAGCAAUCACAGUUUAUAUUUGGUACAUGUGGCAUGAGAAGAAAAAACGUUUAGAGGAAUACGAUGGUCCAAAUAAAGAUCUGAAGGAGAGACGCGUUAUGUAUUGGCUGAUAGCCGCAGUUCUUUCAACCAUUUUUACAGUUAUCUAUAUUCUAGUCAUCAUAUUUAUGAGAAAUAAAAUUAAACUGGUAGCUGCAUUGUUUGAAGAAGCUGGAAAAGCAGUUGCUGCAAUGCCUUUGAUAUUAUUGCAACCAGUGGAGACAUUCAUAUCACUUGUGGCAGCGAGCUGUUUCCUUCUCUUUGGGUUUGUUUGCCUCCAAACAUCCGGCAAGCCUCUGGUGGACAGGGAAGGAAGAGUGACCUUCCCUAUUGAAUCAUUUUUUCAGGUUAUGAGAUGGCUUUCAUUAUUUGGAUUUGUCUGGGUAACGCAAUUCAUAUUAGCUUGUCAAAAUUUGGUUGUUGCUGGUGCUGUUUCUACCUGGUACUUCACAAGGGACAAGGAUAGAUUGGGUAGUCCAAUAUGGAGAAGUUUUUCAAAUCUUAUUUGUUAUCACCUUGGAUCAGCGGCAUUCGGUUCUCUAAUCAUUGCUACCAUGAAAUUAAUUAGAGCAUUAUUCAGGCUGCUUCAAAAAUAUUUGGAUCAAGGGAAUCAAAAUCAAAGGUGUGAGAUGUGCUGGAAAAUAUUCCAUUGCUGUUUGGCCUGUUUUGAAAACUAUUUGAAGUUUCUCAGCAAGAAUGCUUACAUCAUGAUUGUAAUUUAUGGUCAGUCUUUCUGUGCAAGUGCUCGUCGUUCAUUUGGAAGUUUAACAUCGAAUAUUGGAAAAGUUAUGGUUGUAGACUGUAUCGGCGACUUCGUCUUUUUUGUUGGCAAGAUGGGAGUUACAAUAGCAGUUGUCUUUAUAGCACUUGAAGUUUUGAAGGACAUGGAAGGCCUUCAUUAUAUUUGGGGUCCUGUAGCAAUUACUGGUGUGUUUGCUUUCCUUUCUUGCCACUGCUUUCUUUCCGUUUACGAAAUGACCAUUGACACGUUGUUACUUUGCUUUUGCGAAGAUUGCAACAUGAAUGACGGAGUCACUCGACCCUAUUUUAUGAGUAGAAGUUUAAUGGCCCUCAUUGAAGGAAGUCGAAAAAGUGCAAGAUUGAGGCCAGUCUCGAAAAGAAAAGUUGUGGAUUGAACUAGAAAUAUAUCAAAGCUUUUACUGUUCAUCAUAUGUUACUUAUCCGGAACAGAUAAAAAAAAAAAUGGGUAGUAAAAGCAUCCUAUUUUUAACUUUCAUUCGAAGAAGCCCACCCCUACUUAUUAACAGCUAUGAUAUAUUUUCACUCACAAAGAUUUCCCAGUUAAAUACAUUGAGUGUCAUUGUAAUUAAGAAAAAAAUGAUUGUCAUAAAAAGUUACUUUUCUCGAAAAAAAAGGUUAAAUUGGAAUUAACCAACACAACUUAAUUCUGUUUAAAAUGCUACCCAAAAAUGACCUGUGUGACUAAAGAAUUUUAUCCGAUAUUAAAAAUACUUAGUUCAUUAAAAAUAUUUCUGAAACAGUAAAAGCAAUUAAAUUUUUGGGUUUAGAAAACAAUAAAGCUAAAAGAAAAGACAUAAACUAGUAAAUUAUGAAGAAGAUUAUUUACAGCAUAAAAUUGUGCAAAUAAUUAUUUCCGUUUUAUUAUUUCAUAUUUUUAAUAUUUUCUAUAUUGAUUUAAGAUUACUAUUUUAUAUCCAUGUUGUGUACAAAUUUUUGCUUUUAUUUCUGUGAUUUGGAUAGGGUGUAAUAUUGCCUCCAGCGUUUCAAUUAAAAUCCGCUACUAAUCUUAUAUUUGGUAGAAAAUACUUAUAUCUUAAGUAAUGCGUUUAACUUGUUCAAUCAAAAUUUUAAAUCUUCGCAAAAGAAGAACAGGGUGGAGCGUCUACAUAAAGGUAAAAAGCAUUUCGAUGUAAAUAGACAAUGAACUUAUUUUUUGAUAAACACGGAAGGCUGAAACUUCAUAUUUAGGUUCAUCUCUUCAAAAUUUGUACUCUAUCUCUGAAAUAUUUCUAUACUACCCAAACGACGUUUCUUCUGUCGAUUAUGGAUCGAUUCAUGAUUUUUUGGUUAUGAUAUUUGUCAUUCUGCUUUUAAAGGAUGGCAUAAUCUCCAAUAUGUCACUAACAAACACAUUUACUAGGGUAACAUAAACUCACCGUCAACUAGGGUAACGUUAUUCUUCGUGGGUAUUUUUUGUCCAUCAAAUUUUAAAAAAAAUGUAUCGUGCAUGGUAUCUAAACUAUGGAGAAUGAUUUGCUGCAAGGGCUAAUAGGUUGCAUUAAUUCUUUAUCUAGAUACGGCAGAUAUUUUCCGCUUGUUGAAUCUGCCAAGCAUAAAGUUACAUCAUUAUAUGGUACUGCUAUAAAAAUGUAAUUUGUAUACACAUACCCACCAACAUUCAAGGUUUCCACAAAAUAUUAUUUUCAGUGGUCAUGGACUGAAGUAGAAAUGUUUAAAAUAAGUAGAAUUUUUUCAAUGACUUUUCCCAGGAUCAUUUGUCCACUUGACCUUACAUAUAUCAGUUAAAAUGAUUUAAAUGUAGAAGUGAACAAAAUUCUCUAAAUUUUAAUUUAUUGAAACAUUACCUUUUCUACCGCUAUUCUAAAACUUGGAAAAUCUUUUUGCUGGUGGAGGAUGCAUUAUGAACUCCUCGUCAUUUUAAUUCUUUAAAACUAUUGCAUCUAUCGUAUUCCUUUAAGACUAAAUUAUAUCUCGAUCAUGCAGGUUAGAAGUUAACUUCGUGCUUAAAAUGCAAUAUAGUCAAAUUACGUUUAAAUUUCUGUUAACUGUUCUGACAGCUACCAUUUUAGCUCAAAAAUUAUCUCGAAUGCUCGAUUUUAGAUCCAAACAUACAUUUUAAAAUUGGAAAUAUUUAUUAUAGUGAUAAUGCUGCUAAUGAAGUAUAUUUUGUUUCCCACUCAUCUAAUGCUUAUGAGGACAUAUCAUAAUCAUACCAUACCAUAACUUACACUAUACAAUAACUUAUACCAUAACCAUAAAAUUCCCCCAAUGUUUACAUACCUAAUAAUAUUGAGGAAUUUCAAGUAUAUCAUGAUUUUAAGAAGUUAUUAUUUUAUUGUUUGCUAGAAUCAUUGCGUUAAAAUGACUGAAGUACAAAGAGUGAAACAAUAACAAAAAGAAUUCUAGUUUUUAAAAAGAGAGGGUUUACCUCAUGCUGUGAACAUUUAUUUGUUUUAAAUCUAACUUCAAUCUUAAAGCUCAUUUCAAAGCAACAAAAAUUAUAUUCUUUUAAAUUCUAACAUUUUUUGCUUAAAAGUUUUAAAACUAUCACGUUUGUGUAUUAUGCAAUAUUACUUUUCUAAGAAGUUGAGUAAAAUUUUCACAGCAGUUUUAUAUUUCUUUAGAUAAGCAGAUGUAUGUUAAAAUCUCAGGAAUAUAGACUAGUCAUUGUUUCUUACAAUUAUCACUUCAGUUUGAAUUUGACCACAAAAAAUUACGGGUAAGAUAUUUUACCCUUUAACCUAUGAGAUCAAUUUUUUAACUCUUUCAUGACAUUGAAAUCACAUUUCAGAACUCCCAAUUUAUUUCUACUUAUAAUUCACAAUUUUUGUAAAAUAAAACUUUCCAAUCUUAAACAGGGUGACCACAUUAGGGAAAAGUUGUUUUAAAAGUUGUGAAAAAUGUUUCAUUAUGUCAUAGAAAAUUUUAAACGUUUUACUUUCACCUUACUUUUAGGAUUUAAAGUGAUCAGCUUCAACAUCUAGGUACAAAUGUACAAUUUUAGUUUACAAAUGUGUUUUUGUAGUUAGGAAUUGUACGAUCAGUUUGUUUUUGAAAACCGUCUCUGCAGCUUUUUAAAUUUUUUCUGGAUGUGGUCGCUCUAAUGAAAUA